GGGGCAGGGCAGGGUCGCCAUGGCUCCCGGCCUGGGCUGAGGGAUGAGCGGGGCAGCGGGCGGGCGGAGACCGCUGGCGGAGAAGGCGCUGUCCGAGGCCUACGCCCGGCUCCGCUACCACGACACCUCGCUGCUGAUCUGGAGGCAGCAGCAGCAGCAGCUGGAGCGGAGGGCGCUGGGUUCAGGCCCGGGCCCAGGGCCCGACAGUUUCCUGGGCCGCAGCCAGAGUAUGUGGUACCGGCAAUUCGGCAAUCAGCCCAUCCUGGUCCGGGACAGGAACAAUCUGAGCCCGGGGACCGGCCCUGGCCCGGUCCGCUCCCGCCUCUGCUCACUUAUGUGAAAUGGAUCCGGAUUCAGACCAACAGUCGGGACAGAGAUCAACACCAAGAGUUUCCCACACCGGGAGUGAUCAACAUCGCAAGUAAUCAACACAUGGAGUAAUCCACACCGGGAGUGAUCAACACCGGGAAUAUCAACACCAGGAGUAACCCACAUUUGUGGGUAACCCACCUACAUGAGAAUAUUUAGUCCCCAGGGGAAUCCUGUAUGCAGAUCAACACACCGAGCAACUUUGCAUCCGGUUUGAUGCUCGGAUUGACAGCUCAUUUACCUGCACCUGGAGUAUUUACACCUCGAAUAACUCUGCAACCAGAUCAACACCCUGAGGAACUGCACAUCUGGAUCAAUAUGUGGAGUAACUCCACUUCAGAAUCUACACUUGGAGCAUUUACAGCAGUUAACUCCACAUCUAGAUCAAUAUCCAGAGUAACUCUACAUGGAGACCAGGUCCCAGCAGAGGUCACUUUGUCUGCAUUUGAAUUGUUAACAAAUCCAUUGUGCAAAAUUACAGCAAUUGAAAGCAGUUAUUUAUGAACAGUGACAAUUCAAAUCAAACAACAACCAGUGUGAGGGCUUUAAAGCAACUGACACUGGAUGUCAACUCACUCCCUGUGCUCACCCUCUCAGGAAUAGUUAGUUAUUGAUUUAUUUAUUGAUUGAUUUAUUUAUUGAUUAAUGCAGAAAUCCUGGGCUGGACUAGGUACAGAACAAAACAUGCAAAUCUGUAACAGAAAACACUUCUGAUAAAGUCUGGCCUGAAGCAUGAGUGUCUUCUAUCUUUCAGAUACACUCUGCCCACGUCCAGUGGUGAGGCUAUGCUGGGCUCCAGAGAAUGAACAAACUCUGCUGGAGAGUUUUGUGUAAUUAUUUAAAAAGUGACAGAAUUUAUGGUAUUACAUUAGAGUGGAAUUACAGUAUUUAAAAAGUGUGUUGAACACUUACUCCUUUCUGAACAAAA